AUGGCUCUACCUCGUGCAUAUAGUAUGCCUCUUCGCAGGUCCCUCCGUCAGUUUUCACCUCGAACCUGUCGCAUACCUCGCAACGUCCAGGGACAGUUUCGCAGAUACUACUCUGAACAGCCAGCUUCUGAAAAAGAGUCCUUUACUGUGUGGCGGCCGUAUCUACGACUAGCCAUUGGUAUUCCAUUCAUCGGAGCUCUCAUAUACUCAAUGAUGACCGGAGAAGUCACCGAACUCGACUCCCCGUCGAUCGUGGAGCUCGACGAAACCCUCAAGAAACAAGCCGCCAUUAGCGAAACUUCCCCCAUGCGAUUGCGAAUGGAAAAGUUGAUUAAAGAACACCAACAGAAGAUCAUCGAGGAACUGGGCCGCAUAGAUGGCAAGCAAUUCAAGGUUGAUAGCUGGUCCCGACCCAAUGGAGGAGGUGGCAUCUCUUGCGUCCUCCAGGACGGCAAUGUCUUCGAAAAGGCAGGAGUCAACGUCUCCAUUGUUUACGGAGACCUUCCCCGCCCCGCCAUCGAGAAGAUGCGUGCAGACCACAAGUCUUUCGUCGGGGCCGACGUAGACUCCCUAAACUUCUUUGCUGCAGGCCUUUCUCUCGUCCUACACCCUCAUAACCCCAUGGCCCCCACAGUCCACCUCAACUAUCGCUACUUCGAGACCUCCGACCCCAAGGACCCCAUUAACGGCGACAAAAACUGGUGGUUCGGCGGUGGCACAGAUCUUACUCCCUGCUACCUCUUCCCCGAGGACGCCAAACACUUCCACCAAACCAUCAAAGACGCCUGUGACCGCCACGACGCAACCUACUACCCCAAAUUUAAACAAUGGUGCGACAAGUACUUCUACCUCCCACACCGUCGUGAAUGCCGCGGCAUCGGUGGUAUCUUCUUCGAUGAUCUUGACGCCAGCUUCCUCGAAUCCUCCUCCACCUCUUCCCAGAACCCACAGGAGACCCUCUUCUCCUUUGUCUCAGACGGCCUCGCGUCUUUCCUCCCUUCUUAUGUCCCCAUCAUUGAACGCCGCAAGGAUAUGCCCUUUACCCCAGCCCAGAAGGAGUGGCAGCAGCUUCGCCGUGGCCGCUAUGUUGAGUUCAACCUGGUUUACGACCGCGGAACCAGCUUCGGAUUGAGGACACCCAACGCCCGGAUCGAGAGUAUUCUUAUGAGUCUCCCUCGGACCGCGUCAUGGGCAUACAUGGACCCCGUCUCGGGAACUCGCACUGAUGCGGGGCCUGAGGAUGAGGAGGUUGUUGGUGAGGAAAAGGCUGCUGAAAAGGAAAUGAUGGAUGUUUUGAAGCAUCCUAGACAAUGGGUUUAA